AUGUUCCCCACUACCAAAUCCUUUAUCACUCUAACCGUAUACUUCAGCAUCCAUCCGAAUUAUCUACCAUCCGAUCUCGAAGAAGAUUACGACGAGUGGGAUUUGCAACAAAGCCGCGACUCGGAUAUACACUCAGCACUUACGGUUCACAACACGAAAUUCACACAUAUCCCACUACUGAUCGCCGACCAGGUACCUGAGGAUUCGGAGUUUACGGUCAAACUGGUCAAUUCUGCGCUCAAGGUACCCACUGGUGGUCGGCCACCAGCUGCGGCGGACAACAGAGAAACGGCUUCAUCUACGGAGAGGCAUAGCAUCUUAUACGCUUCGACUCAAUUCAACCCAAUCACCUGCUCCUACCGCCACUCUCAAAGCUGUCGAGCCAGGUCUCUGGAAGGUAUGGGAUGGUGCGGACGAUAUUGA